CAUAUAUAAGCCAUGCUUUUCGUUCUCCAAGAAAAGUAUAGGUUCCCUUUGCUUUGCUGCUUAAAGUCACCUUCAUUUGCACAGAUUUAUUGCCGCCUUUUCCAUGAUAUUUGCUGGGUUUAGUUGCUAAUUGGAGAUGGCGUCCCAUUUUUACAUCACUUUCACACCGUGCUACACCAAGAACCAACGAUUUCUAGAAGCACCAAGACGCUUCUUAUUUUCAAGUGAGGCCAAAGGUAAUCGACGGAAUGUCGGAGCUAUUAGAGUUUCAGAUGACGGAGAUUCGUAUAUGGGUAUGUGGAAAAAGGCCAUGGAUAGGGAGAGGAAAGAAAUCGAGUUCAAGAAAAUUGCGGAGAAUGUGGCCGGAAAAGAGGAGACCGGCGGCAGAGUCGAGAAUUUAGAGACGAAGAGCAGCGAGUUCUUGAAGAUUCUUGAAGUUCCUACGGAGGAGAGGGAUAGAGUCCAGAGAACGCAGGUGAUUGAUCGAGCAGCUGCUGCAAUUGCUGUUGUCAGUACCCUUUUAAGGGAUGAUAAGAUGACCGUGGAGAAUGAUUCCUACGGAUUAGGCAACUUGGAUAAUGGUCAUGAUGAAUUGGACGCCAUUAUUGGGGAUCAACAGCAAGGGUCGGCUAGUAUUGGAACACCAGGUCCAAAUUUCUGGUCGUGGGUACCACCUUCUGAUACUGAUUAUAAUGUGGAUGAUGGAGCUGAAUCUGCAUCAAGUAGAAAAACAUUAACAUCUCCGCGUCAGCCAAACCCUGUGAUGGAGUUAGAACCUUAUAUGCCACUGCCGUUUGAAAGCAAUUAUAAUCCCCCUCUUCCACCUUUUCAGUCACUGAUGGAGGUUGAAAAACAGGAUUCCGUAUUAGAGGAGAAUCCUCAAUUGAGAGAGGAAACUGAAGUUGAUAAUUUGUUUUCAACACAUGCGGAAGAUGCAGCUCAUGCUCUUGCAGAAGUCGAUCCAGUAUCAUGUGAAGGGACUAAUGCACAAGGUUCAAAGUGGUGGAAAGAAACUGGAACAGAGGUAAGACCAGAUGGGGUGGUUUGCAGGUGGACAUUGACAAGGGGUGUUAGUGCCGACAAAACUGUGGAAUGGGAAGAGAAAUAUUGGGAAGCUUCUGACGAGUUGGGGUAUAAGGAGCUUGGCUCUGAGAAAUCAGGUCGUGAUGUUGCUGGAAAUGUUUGGCGUGAAUUCUGGAAAGAAUCAAUGUCACAGAUUGAAGGGUGUCUGCAUAUUGAAAAGACUGCAGAUAAAUGGGGGAAGAAUGGGGAAGGUGAUGAGUGGCAGGAGAAAUGGUUUGAAAAUUAUGGUGCUGGUCAAGCUGACAAGUGGGCUCACAAAUGGUGCACCAUUGACCCAACCACACACCUGGAGGCUGGCCAUGCUCAUGUGUGGCAUGAAAGGUGGGGUGAGAAGUACGAUGGGCAAGGUGGCAGCGUGAAGUACACGGAUAAGUGGGCAGAACGUUCAGAGGGCGAUGGAUGGACUAAAUGGGGUGAUAAAUGGGAUGAGCAUUUUGACCCAAAUGGGCAUGGUGUCAAACAGGGAGAAACAUGGUGGGAAGGGAAACAUGGAGAACGAUGGAAUAAAACGUGGGGCGAAGGUCAUAAUGGGUCGGGGUGGGUCCACAAAUACGGUAAGAGCAGCAGCGGUGAACAUUGGGACACCCAUGUCCAGCAAGACACCUGGUACGAGAGAUAUCCUCAUUAUGAUUUUUACCAUUGCUUUGAAAACUCCGUGCCCCUUCGUCAAGUCAAGAAACCGUCCGACUGAAAUUAUAUAUAUGUAUAUAUACACACGUAUAGAUACAUAGAGAUAUGUUCCUUUAUGUCGGAGAAUGCGUUUGUACACUCUUCCACUUGGGUUUAUGGUAAUCAUCUGGUUCGGAGUC